AUGAAAUCCGCAGCUAUCCUCUGCGCCGCUUUGGCAGCCGCUGCAUCAGUCGAGGCUGGUGUCCAUCGAAUGAAGCUUGAGAAGAUCCCUCUUACUCCAACUUCCUUACUACCUGAUGCAUCCCACGUCAGACCAUCACCAGAACAAGAGGCUGAGUGGCUCAAGCACAAGCACCUUGGUCUAUCGCACGAGGAAUUCUUCAAUGGCCAAAAGCCUUUGAUGGGCUUGGGUGGUUCGGGAAGAAAGGUCAAGGGCGAACACCACCACCAUCACAACCACCAUGAGAUGAGCGAUGAGGACAGAGAGAGGUUCUGGGCUCAGAUGAUCCACCAUGAAGGUAACGAGAAGAGAACUUUGAAGGGCGGUCAUGGAGUUCCUUUGUCCGAUUACAUGAACGCUCAAUACUUCGCUCCCAUUACUAUUGGUACUCCACCUCAAAGCUUCAAAGUAGUCCUUGAUACCGGAUCUUCUAACCUUUGGGUUCCCGGAGUCAGCUGUUCAUCUAUCGCAUGUUUCCUUCACUCGAAAUAUGACAGUUCCGCUUCAUCCACCUAUAAGAAGAACGGUACCGACUUCGCUAUCCGAUACGGAUCGGGUUCUUUGGAAGGUUUCGUUUCUCAAGAUACAGUCGCGAUUGGUGAUUUGGUCAUCAAACAUCAAGACUUCGCUGAAGCCACCAAAGAGCCUGGACUCGCCUUUGCUUUUGGUAAAUUCGAUGGUAUCUUAGGUUUAGGAUACGACACCAUCUCUGUCAACCAUAUCGUUCCUCCAUUCUACAACAUGCUUAACCAAGGUUUACUCGACGAGCCUAUCUUCUCAUUCAGAUUGGGUUCCUCGGAUGAAGAUGGAGGUGAAGCCAUCUUCGGUGGUAUUGACGAUUCUGCUUUCACCGGUAAACUCCAGUAUGUUCCCGUCAGAAGAAAGGGUUACUGGGAGACUGAAUUGGAAGCUAUAAAAUUCGGUAAAGAACAUCUUGACCUUGAGAACACCGGGGCCGCUAUCGAUACUGGUACUUCUUUGAUUGUCAUGCCAUCUGACGUUGCUGAGUUGCUAAACAAAGAAAUUGGUGCUCAAAAAUCAUGGAACGGCCAAUAUACUGUUGACUGUAACACUGUUGACAGCCUUCCUCAACUCUCUUUCGUCUUUGCCGGUAAAUCAUACACUCUCGAUGGUAAAGAUUACGUUCUCAAUGCAGGUGGUACUUGUAUCUCAUCCUUCACCGGUAUGGAUAUUCCUGCUCCCAUGGGUCCUCUCUGGAUCGUUGGUGAUGUCUUCCUCCGAAAAUACUACACUGUCUACGACCUCGGUCGAAAUGCUGUCGGUUUCGCUUCUGCCAAAUAA